AUGAAGCUUUUCAUCUUAAUGUGUCUAGUUGAGUUCAAAGAGAUCUUUUGGAAACUCGUUUGCCCGUCGUUAUCAGGACGUGAUCAAGCAAACGGCCAUGAUAUUGCACAAGAGGAUACCGUACCGUUGCGGUGGCAUUCAGAGGACUCUUCGCAGGAAAUUGCCGGGCCGACCACGGAGCCGGGAUGGACGGGAUGGUUUCUGGAGACGGUUGGGCGAUGGCUUGGCGUUGGGCGCUUAAUGACCAAUGAUCAUCAAUCAUCUGCGCCCGAAGCAAUUCCCGAUGAAUUAACAGCUGCUAUUGAGUUGGUAAACACAUUCACGGGCCGACAGAUAACCCGAAGUCGCUUGGAUCUGGUGCCUCAAGUGCACGAAGACUUGAUCCGUUGGUACCGGUAUGCUCAUGCUUUGCAACUUCGAGUCAACGCUGCUUUCGAAAGGAACAUCAUCAUUUUGGGAUAUAUGCCUUAUAGCGACCAAUACCGGCUACCAAUCGAACCUGGGAAAGUUGAAAUAGUCACAUUGAACGAAGCCCUGAAUGAACUGGCAAGAACCAGCAGCGAAUCGAAAAAUCUGAAUGGCCAGCCAACUGGAGCUGACAACCACGAGGAACAGCCUACCAAUCUUGACCACACCGCCAGGAAUCCCGAGGGCAGCUCAACUUCUAUUUCCUCCGAUCAAAUGCCAUCACAUGUCCUAUAUGGCAGCCCAGCCGGCGAAGAAUGCGCAAUUUGUCGCGGACCAUUCCAGUCGCCUCAAGAAUUCGGAGAGAAUCAUUGGUCUUUCUGCAAAGUUGCAAAACUCAAGAGUUGUCCACAUUACUACCAUUUCGAAUGUAUCCAUGAAUGGAUGCCCGGGUACUGGCAAAAUAGCUGCCCACUUUGCCGCAAAGUGGUAUUUGACUCAAGAUCCCUGCAAAUGCUCUCUUGA